UUUUCUUUUUUUUUUUUCUCUUGUCUUCAAUAAUAGUCAGGUAUCAGCAGAAGGCCUAUUCAAAGAUAAUUAUGAAUGGUUCAUAUUUAUAUUAAAAAGGUUAAAGAGUCAACAGGUUUGUUCCGUCCUAUUUUGUGAGAUGAAGCCUAACCUCAAAGCCUGACUUUCUUUUUUUUUUUUGAGGGGGGGAUGGCUUUUUACCCCCCCAAUCCUGUACCACAACAUUCAGCUCAAGCUGCACUUCACAACAGGGAAGAACAUCUAAUUUGACACUGGACUUUGUUGCUGCACCAACUCAAGUAUUUGGAUGUCUGUGAUGUGAGACUGCAAUUUUUUUUUUUUUUUUUUUAAAGAAAAGAUUUGAGGCAUUACAGUGUUUAAACUACUGCAGACGUAACUGAUACUGUAACUGUGAUGGUGCAAUGAGCCUCACAGAAGAUCUGCAGCACUUGGAUGUCUCCACACCCUAUUUAAAAAGUGGACACUUAAGAGUAUAUUGAUGCCUCUAGUAAUGUAUAACUACAAUUUUAAUCAAUGACAGUGGGGGGGAAAAAUAAAGGAACUACUUUUUGCAUCCUUGUGAAUGCUUGGUUGUUGGUGGGAUCUCAUCACUGCUCAACUGAUGUUAUGCUAAGCGUUACAGCUGGAUUAUCACAGAGCAUUGUUGUUGACCUCAUUAAACUCCUUCAGUUGGUAAGGGGACUUUUUUUUUUUCUUUUUAAAGCUGUUGCCCCAUCAUUCACCGUGCAAGACGUACGUGCAGUUGCGAUUAAGGGAAUACUUGAUGAACGUGAUAAAAUUCAGCCGCUGAAAGUUUAUUGAAAUCAGCUGAAAGGGUGUCCACUUGCUGAAAGCCGGUAAUAAACAUUCAUCUGGCUCGUGGCUUGACCGCGUGUGUACGUGGGGGCAUACACGUCCCGUCCUGCAUGGCAAACGCAGAGCCCGUGAGCAACAAAUCCCGAUGCUUAAAAAAAAAAAGAGAAUUAAAAAAAAUACUUUGGAUCUUCUGUUGUUUUCCAAUUAUUGAUGCACGUAAUAUACUGAGCUUUUGUUUUGGUUUUUUCCGCCUCGUUAUGUAAUUCGACUCGCCCUCUCUUCUCGCUUAUCAACGGGAGGCUGUGAUGUCAUCACCCAGCUUCCCGGAGAGAGGGAGGGAGCGAAGGCGUGAGCGGGCUCGCGGGGAGACUGGCUGCUUCCAGACCAGCUAACGCUCGAAAACAAGCGACAGCUGUGCUGUAGCUUAGCUAGCUGCUGUCCCCCUCAACCCCCAUCUUAAAGAGAAAAAAAACAAAAGGAAAAAAAGAAGCACACGACUCGGGUCUAUUCUCUUAUUACAACUCUGAAUGUGUGCAGCUAAAACACUGCGCCUUUUGCACUGACUCGAGCCUUUUAUGCAACCCAUCCUGCUCGCCAGGCACGACGAUGUCCGACGCUAACACUACUUCUACAGACAACAACGGAGACUCGGGGCUAAACGGGUCCUGGGUGGAGUUGGAGAUGAACAGAAAUCACCAAGCCCAGUCAUUGUCAACAGUUGACUCUGUUUCGGGCCUGCUGCCGCUCCCUCAGGUGGAGGAAGAGGAGGCCAUAGUGGGAGGCUUGGAGCAUGUCCCAUCCUCUUCUUCAAUCCACAACGGAGACAUGGAAAAGAUCCUUUUGGAUGCCCAGCAUGAAUCAAGCCGCAGCAACUCAUCCUGUGACAGCCCCCCACGACCUCACUCUCCCCAGGAUGAGGGUCAGAUCAUCUUUGACGCGGAAAGAAGAGACAGCCAGUCUGAAGAGGAUGUCUUGGACAAGGAGAAGGACAUGGACAUCUUGAUGAAGGAUGCAGAUUGGGUUGCAGACUGGUCUAGUCGACCGGAAAACAUUCCCCCCAAGGAAUUUCAUUUCCGGCACCCCCGACGCUCAGUAACGCUCAGUAUGAGGAAGACUGGGGCCAUGAAGAAAGGAGGCAUCUUCUCUGCCGAGUUCCUCAAAGUCUUCAUCCCCUCGCUGCUGCUAUCACACAUCCUCGCUCUGGGGCUGGGGGUCUACAUUGGCAAGAGGCUGACCAUGCCACCCACCAGCUCUUUAUGAGCAUGAACAUGAAGAAAAGUGCCUCAGAAGUGGGCAAGCGUCAGAGGAAGUUUUUCUGUCGUGAGAAGAAUGCUUGUCUCUCCUUCCUGUCCUGCUUGCCCCUAUUACCCCUCCUAAACCCUGAGAUAUGACAUGUUCUCAGGCGAAGUGCAUCCUCUUCCUCCUCAGCCUCCCCUCCUUCCUGCCUCUUGUUUUGUUUUUGUUUUUUUUCUUGAUCUACUGUUCUUACUGUCUGUUGAUACUCCCCCUACUCUUGACCUCCCCAAUAUCUUUCACUAAUUUGCAUAAACUUUUCAGAAAUGAAGGUCAUAUUUCCUUUUCCUCAUCAGUUGGAAUGUUUAUAAUGCAUGGGUUUCCAGGGAGGGUUGCAGCAUCAAACCAAACUCUUCUUCUACACAUGCUGUUUUAGUGCCCUUUUGACUAACUGACAAGGAGGGAGGACUGUUAUAGAACUGACCAGAGAUUGUGCCACCUGCAGGUGUAGCCCAGUACUCGACCUUGGAAGCAAAUUCAGACUUGGCUACGCAGACUAAAAAUGUGACCAUGCCUUUUUCAGAGUAGCCAUUUUAUUUAGAUUAUUAUUUUUUUUUUUUUAAAUAAUUUAUUUUGUAAUGAUGGUGGUUUACUGAGAAGUUUUAAAUAAUGAAAGGCGUUUCCACAGUGGCCAACCCAUACCGCAAGCUCUCAUGAAAUUCACUGGAGGAGUCUGGCUCUGUCUGCCGUUAGAUUUAUGUGACAAUAUGCAGUUAUGUGCAUACGAUUGCAUAUUUUGCUUGGUGACAGGAACUGGAAUACAGGUUGUAGAUGGAAAGGCAGGCAGCGCGUCCCAUUCGGUGUGUACACGAACAGUAUUUUACAUACACCAAUAUGGUUGGGUAACAGUGGUGUAUGUUUCAGGAAAGGUUCAUCUGUCUGUCCAAACUGUGAGCGUCCAAGUUGUCCUUUCAGUAAGCCUCCUGGUUUCUGCGGAGCAUAACUGAUCAUUUCCUGCAUGUGUGUUUUUUUUUUUUGUUUUGUUUUGUUUUUUUAAACUCUAGACUGGGCUGGACUUUACGCGAUUAUAGUUUCAAAUUGGUGCACGCGUUGUAUUGUUCAAAGGUUAGAUACCAAAAGGCCUAAAAGUGAGAUUUUGAUUUGAGAUUAAAAAAGAAGUUAGAUAUUUUCUUUGAGAACAUUGAGUGUUUAGAGGGUAUCUCAUGAAACAAGUUACUUUUAUACAUGGAAAUUUACUUCCAAAGAUUUUAGAGCCAUUAAGGAAAAUGAUACAGCCAGCCGUGCUUCCUGACACUCCAACAGGUUUGCCAAAACAAAAAACGAGGAGAAUUAACUUGACGCUGCAGAUGAAGGGAUCAAUUUGGAUAGGCAGAAGGUACCCAGUGGUUCUCAAUCUUGUGCAUGUCUAUCUCUCUUUCGUGAUGCUGCAGCAGCUUCUGACUGACUGGAGGAAAGUUUGUGUAAACACAGGCUCUAAUGUUAGGACGGCUGUAGCAUGCAUGGAAAACUUUAUCUCUGAAGCUGAUCAGUUUGUCUGAGCCAACCUGGGUCCAGAUGACUUGAAGUCAGUUAGCGUUUCUGCAGAGUUGAUUUGGAGUCGAUAUGCACUCCACCUGCAGUAAAUGUUUUAUUUUAUUUUGUAAUUAUUUUUAGUCAUCGAGGAGUAAGCUGAGUGCUUUUAAGUUUUCUUCCCCUUAUCCACUUGCUCCGAGUCUACUCUGUUGAUGUUCGCGUAUCAGCAUAUAGCACCACAAUGAGUUCCUGUAAGUCGCCACACAACACGUUUGCUUUACCUUGACCGUUUCUUCCCGUUUAUGACACAAAGUCAAGCAUAAAUGCAAAAUGUUAACAAGGACUUGUUCCCUUUUCAAAAAUGAAUUUCAUUGUGAAAUUUUACGGUACAAAAGAAGAACAUACAAAAUCUUAAAGGAUACGGGGACAGUAAAAUGUGACUCCUCAUCAUGCAUACAAGCUGACUCAAAGACUGGCUAAGAACCACUUGCGGGGUGUGGAUGUUCUCAUUUCAGCCACAGAGAUACUAAUCUUUUUCUUUCUGCCUAUGUUUGUAUGUGCAGCAUUUGAAAGUGGUAAUCCUUCUCUCCUGUGUAGUUUGUUUUUGAAAUGUUUUUGUUUUUUUCUCCUCUCUUGGUGUUGGACAAAGAUUGUGAACGCACAGGAGUCAUGUUGGACCUGGAUCAUGAUUUAAAGUGUGAAAACAAAAGACCUCCAUUGUUGAUGGCAGGGCCUAAUGUGAAUAGAAAUGGAAGGAGCUGAAAGACUCAUGGUAUGAAAGUGUUUAUUGUAAUGCUACAUUUGCUUUAAUCUCUUUUUUCCCCACUACAUUGGAGAAGAUAAUGGACAUUUUCGUCAUUAAAGAUUACCUGAAUGAAGCAA